AUGUGCUCCCGACAAAGCUCCGGAGGCUGCCAUGGGAUGUCCUCCCAGUCCAGCGGGUGCCACAGCCAGGGCUCCGGCUGCCACGGGAGUUACCAGUCCGAGGGCUCCUCCUGCUGCGGGGGUGGAGGGGGCUCCGGCAAAGUCAUCAUCAGCUCUGGUGGUGGAGGAGGUGGAUCCUGCUGCAGUGGGGGCUCCUCUGGAUAUGGGAUAGGAGGGGGAUACAGUGGUGGCUCUUCAGGAGGGAAGACCAUCAUUGUAGGGGGAAGCAGUGGAGGUUCCUCUGGAUGCUGCAGUGGGGGCAGCUAUGGCAUGGGUGGAGGAUAUGGUGGAUCUUCAGGAUCAAAGAGCAUCAUUGGAGGUGGAGGUUCCUCUGGAUGCUGCAGUGGAGGAUCUUCAAGCUACGGGAUGGGAGGAGGAUAUGGUGGUGGCUCUUCAGGAGGGAAGACCAUCAUUGUAGGGGGAAGCAGUGGAGGUUCCUCUGGAUGCUGCAGUGGGGGCAGCUAUGGGAUGGGUGGAGGAUAUGGUGGAUCUUCAGGAUCAAAGAGCAUCAUUGGAGGUGGAGGUUCCUCUGGAUGCUGCAGCGGAGGAUCCAGUUAUGGGAUGAGUGGAGGAUACGGUGGCUCUUCAGGAUCAAAGAGCAUCAUCGGAGGUAGUGGAGGUUCCUCUGGAUGCUGCAGUGGAGGCAGCUAUGGGAUGGGUGGAGGAUAUGGUGGAUCUUCAGGAGGGAAGACCAUCAUUGUAGGGGGAAGCAGCGGAGGUUCCUCUGGAUGCUGCAGUGGGGGCAGCUAUGGCAUGGGUGGAGGAUAUGGUGGCUCUUCAGGAUCAAAGAGCAUCAUUGUAGGGGGAGGUAGUGGAGGUUCCUCUGGAUACUGUGGUGGAGGAUCUUCAGGAUAUGGCAUGGGAGGAGGGUACGGUGGUGGCUCUUCAGGAUCAAAGACCAUCAUUGGAGGUGGAAGCAGCGGUGGAUCCUCCGGAUGCUGCGGUGGAGGAUCCAGCUAUGGGAUGGGAGGAGGAUACGGCGGCGGCUCCUCAGGCCAGACCAUCAUCAUCAGCUCUGGAGGUGGCGGCGGAGGCUCCUCCCAGCAGAAAUGUCCCAUUGUCAUCCCUAGCGUGGUGUCCCACCAGACCAAGCAGAGCUCCUACUGGCCCUGCCAGCAGAAGUAA